UCUCCUCCCUCUCCUCUUUUUCUAAAGAAGCGCCGAAGUUCUCUAGGAAGCUCUAGAAGAUCAAAUCCCUUCACUCUCGCACCUUCUAAACUCUGUCUACUUCUUCUUCGUGCGUCUCUCCCUAAUCUUCUAAAUAGCUACAACUGAAAAACCCACUUGUGAAAAAUCUCUCCUUUGAUCAGGUUUGUCUGCUCUGAGUCUCGUCUUCCAUUUUGUUCCCUCUUCUUCAUUGGGAAAAAAAUGGCAGAACCAGCAUACACAGUGGCAUCAGACAGCGAGAACACAGGAGAAGAGAAGUCAUCAUCAUCUCCUUCCUUACCCGAAAUCGCCGUUGGAAUCGACAUAGGCACAUCCCAAUGCAGCAUAGCCGUCUGGAACGGCUCUCAAGUCCACAUCUUGCGUAACACAAGAAACCAAAAGCUAAUCAAAUCCUUCGUCACGUUCAAAGACGAAGUCCCCGCGGGCGGCGUGAGCAACCAGCUCGCGCACGAGCAAGAGAUGCUAACCGGAGCCGCCGUGUUCAACAUGAAACGCCUCAUAGGCCGCGUGGACACCGACCCCGUCGUCCACGCCAGCAAAAGCCUUCCCUUUCUCGUCCAAACCCUAGACAUCGGAGUCAGACCGUUCAUCGCCGCCCUGGUGAACAACGCGUGGAGGUCGACGACUCCGGAGGAAGUCUUGGCGAUCUUCCUCGUGGAGCUGCGCCUGAUGGCCGAGGCGCAGCUGAAACGCGCGGUGAGAAACGUGGUGCUCACGGUUCCUGUGUCCUUCUCCAGGUUCCAGCUCACUAGGAUCGAGAGAGCUUGCGCUAUGGCUGGACUUCACGUCCUUAGGUUAAUGCCUGAGCCUACAGCUGUCGCGUUGCUGUACGCGCAGCAGCAGCAGAUGACUAGUCAUGACAACAUGGGAAGCGGAAGCGAGAGGGUAGCGGUUAUAUUCAACAUGGGUGCUGGUUACUGCGACGUCGCGGUGACCGCAACCGCUGGUGGCGUCUCGCAGAUCAAAGCCUUGGCUGGAAGCGCCGUUGGAGGAGAAGACAUCUUGCAGAACACGAUGCGACAUAUCGCUCCUCGACCGGACAAGGAAGGUUCGGGGUCGCUGCGUGUCGCGACGCAGGACGCUAUACACAGGCUGUCGAAGCAGGAUAGUGUUCAGAUAGAAGUUGAUUUCGGAGACGGUGACGCGGUCUCCAAGGUUCUCGAUAGGUCGGAGUUUGAGGAAGUGAACAAGAACGUGUUCGAGGAGUGCGAGAGGCUUGUUGUGCAGUGUCUGAGAGAUGCUAAAGUGGACGUUGAUGAUUUAGACGAUGUGAUAAUGGUCGGAGGGUGUUCUUACAUACCUAAAGUGAGAGCCAUCGUCUCUAACGUGUGCAAGAAGGAAGAGAUUUAUAAGGAAGUGAAUCCGUUAGAAGCUGCGGUUAGAGGAGCGGCUUUGGAAGGUGCUGUGACGUCAGGGAUUCACGACCCGUUCGGUAGCUUAGACCUUUUGACUAUACAAGCUACAGCUCUUGCGGUUGGAGUGAGAGCUAAUGGUAACAAGUUCGUACCCGUGAUACCGCGCAACACGAUGGUUCCUGCGCGUAGAGAUCUCUUCUUCACUACGGUUCAUGAUGACCAGAAGGAAGCUUUGAUCGUUGUGUAUGAAGGUGAAGGAGAGGGCGUUGGAGAGAAUCAUCUUCUUGGUUAUUUCAAGAUCGUUGGGAUCCCGGCGGCGGCUAAAGGAGUUCCGGAGAUUAAUGUUUGUAUGGAUAUCGAUGCUUCGAAUGCUUUGAGGGUUUUUGCGGCGGUUUUGAUGCCGGGGUCGAAGAGUCCUGUGGUUCCUGUGGUUGAAGUGAGGAUGCCGACGGUUGAUGAUGGACAUGGUUGGUGUGCUCAAGCUUUGAGUGCGAAGUUUGGAUCUGCUCUUGAUUUGGUUACUCUUCAGAGGAAGUGAUGUAUGUUUGAAUGAAGAGAUCUUUUAGCAAAGAGUGUGUGUUUGGGGUGUGUUGUCUUCAAACUUGGUGACAAUGUCUGUAUGUGUAAUGAAGUAAUAAUGUUAUCCAUAUAUUGUAUAAUAAUAAUAAACGGAGUCUUGGUCC